AUGAACUUUGUAAGAACACACAAUUAUAGCUCAGAUAAGGCAUCUGGUGGGCACAUCGACUUUACGAAGGGCUCCCUGUUCAGCACAGACGGCGCAGCGCCUUCUACCAAAGGGCGGCAACGCGAACGAGCUGAUAAGCCUGACGUCGAUUUCAAACCGAAGGAACUUUUUUGUGACAGAGAUUUAGAGUUCACUGCUGAGAAUCUCACAUCGGCAACCGCUAUCGCAUCUGCCUUCAGCGAGGAGGACAUCGCGCAUUUGGAUCAGCUCGAGCGUAGGCGCAAUCUGCUCUGGAAGAGACGCAGCUUGGAGGAAGAGGAAUUUAUCAAAGAGGCUCAACGAUUAAGGAGCGCUCAGCCGGACGAAGAAACGCAAGAAAGCAAGAAGCCGAAAAAGGACGCUGAACAGGGAAAAGAACGGCGGCAUCGCAUAUCGCUUUUCCGAACCACGCGAGCGGAUACUCUGACGUUCGAAAAGGGAUCUUAUCCCGCCAUCCAAAUCGCUGUGGUUGGCACCGCUCCUAGCAAUUACACGAACGAGGGCAAGAGCGUAGACAACGAAGACAAGGAGGGGCACAAGUCAUCCUCAGUGAGUAAUUUGGGCAUUACAGAACGAUCACACGCCUCUGUAUCUGCAAAAGGCGGACUCGUGGUGCCCCAAAAGAAAUCCUCCAGUGCAUUGGCCCUGGUGUCGGGUUACUCGUCUGAGGAAGACGUUUGA